AUGAGUAUUAAAUUAAAUUCAGGACACCAAAUGCCAAUUGUUGGCUUUGGAUGCUGGAAAGUCACCAACAAUACCGCAGCCGAUCAAAUCUACAAUGCAAUCAAAGUAGGUUACAGAUUAUUUGAUGGUGCUCAAGACUAUGGUAACGAAACAGAAGUGGGCCAAGGAAUCAAUCGUGCCAUUGAUGAAGGUCUUGUCGCUCGUGAUGAAUUGUUUAUUGUCUCCAAAUUAUGGAACAAUUAUCAUGACCCUAAAAAUGUUGAAACUGCUUUAAACAAGACCUUGAAUGAUUUGAAUUUGGAUUAUCUUGAUUUAUUCUUGAUUCAUUUCCCUAUUGCGUUCAAAUUUGUUCCUAUUGAAGAGAAAUACCCCCCUGGGUUUUAUUGUGGCGAUGGUGAUAAGUUCCAUUACGAAAAUGUUCCCUUGUUGGAUACAUGGAAAGCUUUGGAAUCGUUGGUUGCCAAGGGCAAAGUCAAGUCUAUUGGUAUUUCCAAUUUCAACGGUGCAUUAAUUUACGAUUUAUUAAGAGGUGCAUCUAUCCCACCAGCAGUGUUGCAAAUUGAGCAUCAUCCUUAUUUACAACAACCUAGAUUGGUUGAAUAUGUCCAAUCGCAGGGCAUUGCCAUCACGGGUUAUUCUUCAUUUGGACCUCAAUCAUUUUUAGAAUUGCAGAGUAAAAAAGCCUUGGAUACUCCAACUUUAUUUGACCACCAAACGGUGAAAUCAAUUGCUGAUAAGCACAAGAAAUCACCAGCUCAAGUAUUGUUACGAUGGGCUACGCAACGUGGUAUUGCUGUUAUUCCUAAAUCAAAUAAUCCUGAUCGGUUGGCACAAAAUUUAAAUGUUAAUGAUUUUGAUUUGAGUAACGAGGAUUUACAGGAGAUUAGUAAAUUGGAUAAAGGGUUGAGAUUUAAUGAUCCUUGGGAUUGGGAUCAUAUUCCAAUCUUUGCUUAG